GUUAAGCGGAACUUAAAAACCUCAUAUUUUACUUAUCUGAAAUAUAGUUUCAUGUAUGCAUACUUAAUGAAAUUUAUCAUUAUAGGUUUGAUGAUUCUUCUUGGUGUCGCUGUCACACAAGUACUAACAGAGAAUUGUGAUGCUAACGUUGUCGUUGAGAUAUUAAAGUCGUGCCACACAGUCGGGAUAUCUGAGGACACGACAGCCGCCAUGAUCAACACGCUGUGUCAAAAUGCUGAAUGUACCAUCCGGUGCGUUACGGACGCCGUGGGAACAUGCUACAAAAACGAUGCCUUUUUUAACUAUGAUCCCGCGUUUGUCAAAGUGUUAUAUCGACUGAUCUGUAACAACUCACAAGCUAUGACGGAUGUUUUAAAACAAUGUGCGACGCAAAUGUUCGCCAAUGGCACCUGCUUCUCGUCAUUUAAGGGACCAUUUGUGACAGCAAAUCAAGACCUCUUGAAUGGGAACUAUAACAGCUACAAGACGGCAGCUUGCAAGUAUAACUUCAUUAUAUUUCCUGACAUUUCAUGA